GAAUUGGCGAUUGAAGUCACUGAAUCUGCGUAAUUCCUUAGUAUUGUAUCCCGAUUUUUGGUGUUUGAGAUGGAGAAGGAUAAUAUUUUGAAGAAGAAUCGCCGAGAUCGUGAUCGCAGUAAGGAGCGGAGGAAGGAGCCGCGUACGAUACGGUGUGAGAAAGUAAAGAGAAGUGAUUUCGAAAAGAGAGAGGAUUCUGAAGAGAGGGAGAAGCUUAAAGAAAAGGAGAAGAUGCGGAGACGGAGGGAUAGAAAAAGUAGGGAUUUUGAUGAAGAGGACGAGAGGGAUAAACGUCGAGGGGAGGAGAAGGGAAGAGGACAACGAGAACAUGAGAUAGAUAGAGGCAACGAUCGGAAAAGGGACAGAGAGAGGAGAGAACAUGAGAAGGAGAGAAUUAAAGAUGAAGAUGACAACGGUGAGAAGAAAAUCCGGGAAGAAGAAGUAGACGAUGAGGAGUUGUAUAAACGGAGGAGAAGAGUCCAGGAGUGGCAGAAGUUGAAGAGGCAAAAGGAAGAAUCUGAAAGUGAAAGUAAGAGUCCUCAGACCGGUAAGGCUUGGACUCUUGAAGGAGAAUCUGAUGAUGAAGUUAAAUCAGAGUUAGAUAUGGAUUUUGAUGGUGGAGAUGCCAAGAUGGUAGACUUGGAGAGUGGAGGUGAUGGACCUGAAGAAGAAGAGGAAAUUGAUCCUUUAGAUGCUUAUAUGAAUUCUAAGGUAUUACCUGAGGUUGAGAAGCUUAGGAGUAGUUCUCUAGAAACUGGUGACCAGCAAAAGGAAGGUUUGAAUAAGUCCCUUGGUAGGAUAAUUCAAGGUGAAGAUUCUGAUUCUGAUUAUUCAGAACCAAAGAGUGAUGAUGAUCCAAGUUUAGAGGAAGAUGAUGAGGAGUUCAUGAAGAGAGUAAAGAAGACAAAAGCAGAAAAAUUGUCUCUUGUUGACCACUCCAAAAUAGAGUAUGAACCUUUCCGGAAGAACUUCUAUAUCGAAGUCAAGGAUAUCUCAAGAAUGACACAGGAUGUAGUUAACGCUUACAGAAAGGAAUUGGAGCUGAAAGUUCAUGGGAAAGAUGUACCAAGACCCAUCAAAGCUUGGCACCAGACUGGACUAACUAGCAAAAUUUUGGAUACUCUAAAGAAGCUUAACUAUGUAAAGCCAAUGCCUAUCCAAGCACAAGCACUCCCAAUCAUCAUGAGCGGUCGAGACUGCAUUGGGAUUGCAAACACCGGGUCAGGUAAAACCCUUGCCUUUGUUUUGCCUAUGUUGAGGCAUAUCAAAGAUCAGCCUCCCAUUGAAGCUGGUGAUGGGCCGAUUGGGCUUGUAAUGGCACCUACUAGGGAGCUUGUUCAGCAGAUUCACAGCGAUAUCAAAAGGUUUGCUAAGGCAUUGGGUGUAAGAUGUGUAGCUGUGUAUGGAGGAUCAGGAGUUGCCCAGCAAAUCAAUGAGCUUAAGCGAGGUACUGAGAUUGUUGUGUGCACUCCGGGAAGAAUGAUCGAUGUUCUUUGCACAAGCAGUGGAAAAAUCACCAAUCUGCGAAGGGUCACAUAUUUGGUAAUGGAUGAAGCUGAUCGUAUGUUUGACAUGGGUUUUGAGCCUCAAAUAACUCGUAUUGUUCAAAAUAUUCGACCUGAUCGUCAAACUGUGCUCUUUUCUGCCACUUUUCCACGCCAAGUUGAAACUUUGGCACGCAAAGUCGUGGACAAACCUGUGGAAAUACAAGUUGGUGGAAGGAGUGUUGUGAAUAAAGAUAUAAUUCAGUUAGUUGAAAUCAGACCGGAGAGUGAGAGGUUCUCAAGACUUCUGGAACUUCUUGGGGAAUGGUAUGAAAAAGGAAAAGUUUUGGUGUUUUUUCGUUCGCAGGAAAAAUGUGAUGCUUUGUACGAUGAUUUGAAGACCAAUUAUGGUUACACCUGUCUAUCUCUUCACGGGGGUAAGGACCAGAUUCAUCGUGAAUCAGCUUUAUCUGAAUUUAAGAACAAUGUCUGCAAUUUGUUGAUUGCAACAAGUGUUGCAGCGAGGGGUCUAGAUGUGAAAGAGCUUGAGUUGGUUGUAAACUUUGAUCCGCCGAACCACUAUGAAGACUAUGUGCAUCGUGUUGGCAGGACUGGUAGGGCAGGGCGGAAAGGCUGUGCUGUAACAUUUAUCUCCGAGGAUGAUGCAAAAUAUGCACCAGAUUUAGUCAAGGCCCUGGAACUAUCUGAGCAGCCAGUUCCUGAUGAUGUAAAAGCAGUAGCUGAUGGGUUCAUGGCGAAAGUAAAACAGGGUACUGAGCAAGCUCAUGGAACUGGCUAUGGUGGUAGUGGCUUUAAAUUUAACGAAGACGAUGAAGAAGUUAGGAAAGCAGCAAAGAAAGCACAAGCGAAGGAGUAUGGCUUUGAGGAAGAGGAGUCUGACUCAGAAGAUGAGAAUGAUGUAGUAAGAAACGCUGGUGAUGAUAUCUCACAGCAGCAGGCUCCUUUUGCUCAGAUAGCCGCCAUUUCUGCUGCUGCUUCUAACGCGCCUGUGACUGCUAACCAAUUGCCUCCAAACGGUGGUGGGCUAGCCACCGAGCCAGGUGUCCCUCCUACUGAUGGAUCAGGCCGCACUGCAGCCCUGGUUGCUGCCGCUAACUUGCAACAUUACCUUGCAAGGAUUCAAGCUGAUGCGAUGCCUGAACACUAUGAAGCAGAAUUGGAAAUCAAUGAUUUUCCACCGAAUACUCUGUGGAAAGUGACCCGCAAAGAAACGCUAGGUCCAAUAUCAGAGUGGAGUGGAGCCGCCAUUACCACUAGAGGUAAGUGGUGUGAUGCAGGACUUAUCCCGGGACCUGGGGAACGCAAGCUCUAUUUGUUCAUUGAAGGGCCUACCAAAGAAUCUGUUAAGACAGCGAAAGCCGAACUGAAGCGUGUUCUUGAAGACAUAACUAAUCAAGCCUUUUCCCUUCCUGGACGAGCACAACCUGGCAGAUACUCUGUCCUAUAAAACCAUGAGGUUUGUGAUUCUAGGCUUUUUAAAUUACUCAGAAAACAAGUAGUAAUUAUUGAUUGAUGUUGGGGAAUACAAUCUCUGCACAAUUGCAAAAUAUUUUUACAGA